UGGCUGCUUGCUUCGAUGUUGCAGCCGCGAACUCAUGUGUCUCCAUGCUUGUGAAAAAGUUUAAUAUAGGACCGCUUGUGUGUGGGCUGGCUCGCUGGCUAGACGCCUGGAGGCUGCCUACAGCCGACUGAUUGAGAACAAGAUCCAGAUAAGCUUGUGUGCUGGGUUGGGCAGCAGCAGGAGUGCUGCAUGUACAAGUUGGCGAUUCAGAUUAGGUGAGCUGAGGUGACACUAGUGACUUUGAACCCGAAUUUCACAAUGUUGUGCGGUAACUGCGAUUGCUGCAGGAGCAAGUGUGCACGUAGACCCACCCGCAGUUUACGACAAGUUGAUGCAACGAGAGAACGCGACAGGAGAGGCAUGAUUGCCACAGCGUUUGGUCUGUACACUGGAAUCUGCUCAUACGGUUGAGGAGCUUAACAUACAGUUUUUCUGGAAGCGCUUGUAAGGCUAGCAUAUAUUCCCAAUUCUCUUUUACCCGGUUCCGAUUCUGUUCGGUUCGAUUUAGUCCAGUUUGCAAUUGGUUCGAUUUCAGGUGCAGAUGCAGAUGAUUCAUGAUCCGAUACGACACGACAUGAUCGGAUAAGCAGCGACUAAUGGUUACCUACCAACCAACCAACCAACCAACCAGCCAGACAGACAGACAGAUAGACAGACAGACGGACAAUGUCAACCAAUGGUUGGAUGGUAGGCUGGCUAUCUGGCUGGCCUGUGCUGAGUUCAGUUCAGUUCAGCUGAUCUGUAUGACCCAUGAUAUCCUGAUUUCACUUCGCGUGAGCUGAUUGAUCAAAUCAUUCAUUCAUUAGUUAGUUUUACCAUCUUACCGUUAAUGAUUGAUUGGUUUCUGUGUAUGUCGAUCAACAAUAAAGAGACUCACCCGAAGUGUUGUAGGAGGUCGAUGCUUCUCCACUUACACUUGCUCACUUAUCGAC